AGUUAGACAGUACCUAUCAGUGUCAUCAGUGUCACAAUGAUAGUUCUGUGUCCUGCUGAAGUGAAUUGAAAAUGAAAUCAGGCAAGUUCUAAAAAUUUAAUCGCAAUUUCAUCACACCAAAAGCACCUGUUCCAUAGUUGAUUCGAUUAAAUAUACCUAUUUAGAAAAUGGAUACUGAAGAUAAUGAAUUAGCAGUCUUAGAAAGUAAACAUCGAAAAGAAAAGAAGGAACUACAAGCACAAAUACAAGCGUUGAAAAAAGCCGCAAAAAAUGAUAAGACCAAAAAGAAAGAGUUAACAGCAGAAAUAUUAAGGUUAGAAACUGAAAUGGAUGCUAGGCAUCAGCAAGAAAUUGAUUCUGCCAAUAAAAAUACUAAUGAACUACUGAAUACUAAUGAACCAGACCCUGCUUUCAACAAUGUAGAAAAUGAACUAUCAAAAGUAAAAAUUUCUAAAGCUCAAAAACGCAGAGAUAAGAAGUCUCAGCAAGAAAAAGAAAGAGAUGAACUAAUAAAGCAACAGGAACAGGAAAAUCGACAUGGGCCUAGAAAUAUUGAACUGCAGGAAAUUAAUAAUAAAUUGAAAGAAAGAGGCCUAAAAAUAUUCAUGAUACCAUCAGAUGGUGACUGUUUGUAUAAAGCUGUCUCUCAUCAACUGUCAAUCAUCAAGCAGAAAGAUGUAUCUGUAGAUGAAUUAAGAGGUAGUGCUGCAAAGUACAUUAGACAUAAUAAAGGUGAUUUCCUUCCAUUCAUGACACAUCCUGACACAUUUGAAAUGUUAACUGAUGAAGAUUUUGAGGAAUAUUGUGACAAACUUGAAAAUACUAAAGUGUGGGGUGGUCAAGUGGAGGUUAGAGCCUUGUCUAAUUCCUUACAAUGUCCAAUAACAAUAAUUCAAGCAACUGGACCUGGUUCUAUUGACCAAGGAGAUGAAUAUGAGAAACCACCUCUAAUAAUAACUUAUCAUAGACAUAUGUAUGGAUUAGGUGAACAUUAUAACUCAACUGUUCAAGGUGAAAUUGAAGCUUAGUAAUCAAUUCUAUUUAUAAGAUGUAGAUAUUCAAUACUACAAUCUCAGGCCAAUCACACUUACUUCAAUGUGUACAUAGUACAUGCUAUGCCAUAAUGCAUUUAAUUACGAAUUACUAAGGUACAUGUAAAUAUUACUGUGUCCACAUUUCUGGUUUUUAUAUUAUUUAAUUUAAUAAAUAAAGUAACUAUUUUGUAUAGAAAUCUUUUCAUUUAACCCGUCGUGUGCCUGAAUGUAGAUCUAUGCGAGACGCACUACAUUUUCUAUUGUGUCUUAUAUACAUGUAUAUCGGCAGUCAAGAGG